AUGACACUUUCAAAGCUAUCUACGCUUCUAGCCUCGGCCUCUCUUGUUGCAGGGCAUGCCUACGUCUCUAGCAUCGUAGCCGAUGGCAAAAACUACACUGGCUACCUCGUUGACAAAUACGCGUACAUGGAUGAUGUUCCCGACAGCGUCGGGUGGGCAACAACGGCAACCGACCUCGGGUUCGAAGACGGCACCGAAUACCAAGAUCCGAACAUAAUCUGCCACCGAGAUGGAGUCAACGCAGCUUUGAGUGCCACUGUCACUGCUGGCUCUGACAUUGACAUCCAAUGGACGACCUGGCCAGAGUCGCACCACGGUCCUCUGAUCACAUACCUCGCCUCGUGUAACGGGGACUGCAGCACAGUCGACAAGGCCACGCUGGAAUUCUUCAAAAUCGAGGAAGACGGUCUUAUUGAUGGCUCAACUUCUCCGGGGACAUGGGCCAGCGAUGAUCUCAUUGCUGCUGGAAGCAAAUGGACUGUGAGGAUUCCUGCUACUAUCGCUGCCGGUAACUAUGUCAUGCGCCAUGAGAUUAUUGGUCUGCACUCUGCUGGCAAUAAGAAUGGUGCCCAGAACUAUCCACAGUGCUUCAAUUUGGAGGUUACUGGUGGUGGAAGCGAUGUACCUGAUGGCACACUUGGUGUGGAGUUGUAUACCAACACUGAUCCCGGGAUCUUGUUUGAUAUUUACUCUACCCUGACUGAGUAUCCUAUCCCGGGACCGGCUUUGUAUGCCUGA